AUGUCGCUGUUUGGACGUUGGAGUGAGCUUCAUCGAUUUGACAGCCUAGACGCAGCUCGUAACCAUUUCAACGUGGGUGACGAGUUGUGGCAGGCUUUCACCAACAUCGUCGGAAACUUCCAGGACGACUUGCGAUUACUCUCUGCCUUUCCGAGGACGGGGCUGUUGUCAGGUCUUGGACAAGCGGUAUUGCCAGAUGGCAGAGCCUUGACCCCGGUUCAAGCAACUCAGAUCGGGUUGGUAUGGCGCCUGUCGAGGAGAGUCAUGGCUUUCCAAACGGGAGCAACUGAGGCAGAAUUCCAAGACAUUGACCCUUGGCAGGAGUCGACACCAAGCGACACGUCGAGGCAAAAUUCCACCUCGUCAGGGGUAAAGGAAAAGGUCUUAAAGAUGGCGGCCUUAAUCGAUCAAAGUGAUGAUUCUGAACUAUUACCUCCAGCUGCAGGUGAAGUUACUGCCUGGUUACAAAAAUACCAUGCGGUGAUGGGUGCUAUGCCGGAAGAAUCCGAAGAACCAUCCCCCAACCAACUUGCUGCUCUUCAUAAAAGGGUUUAUAAAGAUGAUGCCCCUGCCUAUGUGGACUUUGGCGUGUUUGGGCCCUUCGAGAGGAAGUUGACAAAGAUCCAGAGGUGCAGAAUUUAUACACCGCUAGGGGAUGGAACGUAUCUACAACGAGACCUUCCAGGACCGCCGACGUAUCAGGGAUGGUUGGCCUCCUGGAGGGUGCUGAAGACGGCAUGCAUUAUGCUGGACAUCGCUUCCUUAGCGUCCCUCGAGGUUUAUGGCAAACACAUUGAACGUCUUGUGACUCAGUGGCCAUCAGCAUGGGGAUUGAUUUAUAGCGCUGAAGAUGCAGCCCGAGCAGAAAGGAUGGCGAAACUACGCCGACACUUCACUGUGGAAGCGAGCCUUGGUCGCCAAGUUCCACGAGAUUGGAAUGCACAGGCACCUUGGAGUUGCCUAUUCAUACAACUGGCCCGGGACGACACUUACUGGGCAGAAAAGGUACAUGUGCCAGCCUCAGCUUGGGUUGCGUCAGGAGCAAGAGGACAACCGGUGGUAGCCACCGAAGCUGCUGUGAAGGCACACCACACGUUCCUGGACUUCAAGACACGGGGAAAGGACAUCAACAGAGCGGUGGUGGCAAAGAUUCAGGCGGAAAAGGAAAAUCUAAGAGCAAGGAUCAGACGGGAGCACCAUUGUGUUUCUCUUGGGCGGCCGGCACAGGAACAUGUGGAAAUCUUCCACCUGGCGCUGAGUGUGCUGCAGCGAUCAAACGAGUUCAUAAAUGCCGCAAGUGCCUUUCACCGUCUCACCAAGACGCGUCGUGCCCGAAGGGAUGACUUUGACGUGAACUUGACAUCACCAGGACAUUUCGAAGGACUGGGAAAAUGGUGGGUCGUCGAUCGUUGUUGA